AUGACGGCUGUCCAGCUCAUUUUCGGCGGACAGUUCGGCAGUUCCUGGAUGAACGUUUCCCGAAUCGUUGGAUUACCUUUACCAACACCUACGCCAUCCAAGACCCAGACGUUCAUUUGCAAUUCAUCUGAUUUAACGGAAGACGACAUACCGGAACUAAUGCAGAUCCAAGUGUCCAGCUCGUUGGGCGUCUUGAAAAAUUCAAAAUCGCCGAUGGUUAAAAUCGUAUCGCCUUCACACACUAAGUCCGUAAUUAUACCCACUUCUAAUCCGCAAAUUUUAAAACAAAUCCAGGAAAGACCCACGAAACCUGUUAUGACUCAGCAGCAGUUUUUUCAAAUUACUGGUCAAAAUAAACAGAAGACAAUCUCCACUAAAGGCACCAUGGAACCACCCGAUAGUGAUCACGUUAAGGGUGCAGAUAAGAAUAAAAUACCGGUCAGUAUUCAACAGCAAAUUGUUCAAGGAUUAACGACGCAGCAGCUACAAAACAUAAAAAAUUUCACGUUGUUAAAACCGAACAAUCCAACUGUUAGCGUGGCGGUUAGUCAGGCAAAAACCGAAUCUCAAGAAACUACGCAAACGGUGGUUUCUCUUCCUAAGAUGUCAUCUCCGACGGAGACCGUCACGUUAAAAACUUCAGGAAACUUGACCCCGUCCCAAACGCAGCAAAUUAUUCAAAGUAUAAAACAGAAAUACAUGCCAAAUGCAAAUGUGUUGACGCCCCAGCAGCAAGUUUUAUUGAAGCAGAAAGGCUGUGUUGUUCAGCUUCAAAAGUCAUCUGGACAAACUAAGAAUGCUGGUAAUUCAGAUAUUGGAAAAACUAUGCCAAAUAAUCAAGUUCCUGUGGUGGCAAAAGUUUUAACCAAUGCCGCGGGCCAAGUCAUUUCAGUGGAAAGUCUCCUCGCUCAUCAGAAAGCACAUGGAAGCUUACCACAAGGUACCACCCUUCGUGUUCAAGGAUCAAAACCUGGUCAACAAAACGUGAUUCAUCUAACUAGUAAUGCAAAAUCCAGCCCUAUAGCUCAUUUUACAGUUGGUACGCAGAAUAAUUUAGUUGCUUUGACCACGCAGCCUAAAUUGGUUGUGGCUUCACAAACAACUACGGCUACCACUACUGUUACCCCGUCGAAAAUACAAUCGUCUCGAAAUGCCCCAAUCGGUCGCAACCAGCAACCAAAACCUCAAACCAUAAACCAGCAGCUGGUAAACGCGAAACUGAUGGCAACUGAGGGUCAAAAGAGCCUUCAACCCAAAGUGAUGGUCGGCGGCCAGACAAUUAAAGUACAAAACAAGACGGGAAAUCGAGCGGCUAAUUUUAACAGCGGUUUACGGAUGCUAAAUACCGCCAAUUUGAAUUUAACAACUCUCGAUGGAAAACCCGUUUUACUAGCCAGCAAGUCUGGCAUACAGAGUUUGCACGGACAAAAUGUGAUAGUUCAAACUCAUCCCAAUUCAACGCCAACAAGCUCUUCGUUGGUAAUACAAGGUGGAGUAGCAAAAAAAGGGCAAACCAAUCAAACGCAGAGCUCCACCAGUGUUUUAAACCAAUCAGGAAAUAUCGUUUUCAGCUCCACUGCCAUUAAAAAUCAAGGACCUCAACAAGUUAUAUUUUCUAGCCAGGCUAAAGGGAAUAAUGCAAAUACGACUACUUGUCAAACAGGACAUAUCGUUUUGGGAAACCAACCUAUCCGGUUACAGACAAGCAACGCCGCCAGCGGCCAAAGGGUGGUACUAGCCAGUCAGGGCCAAGGGGGUCAGAUCCUCGCGCAACAAAUCUUACUCCCCGCCGGUUUCCAGGGUACAGCCAUCAAUAUUAAAUCUUUACAGGGCGUAAAGGUUAUACCGAUUGCUCAAAAUCAGAAAGGUCAGAGUCGUCAAAUAAUCGCAAAAGUGAUGAGUCCGAACAUAAUAAAACAGACCACGCAACCGCAGUCCGUGCAGCUCCCAGAAUCUGUGACAAUUCACAGUUCGGAAAGCGAGUGAGACUUUAUUAGUGUUUUGUUAGUGUGUCUUUUAGUCGUUUACAAAUUGUAACUUUAUUUUUCUUAAAUUUAAUUUAAGGACGCUCGGUGUUUUGUGAUUAAUUUCUAAAGUUGUUAUAUCAAUAAUUUAGACAAAAAAAAAACACUGAAAAGUCAUGAACUUAUAAUUUCAUUAUUUAUUACGUUCAAGCAAAUGCAAUAACGUUCUUUUUUUAUUGUUGAAUUGGGAGUCGAAAUCGAUGAUCUAAUUAAUGAAAUUGAUGCUUGUAUGAAUUGUAAAUUAAAAAUAAUAGUAGUGAUAGAUUCUUAGAUAAUUUAUUUGUAUAAAAUUUUGAAAUACAGAUUGUUUCAAAUUUAA